AAAGAUGGCGGUUCUUUGAAUCUGAAAAGAAAACCGCGGCGCACUCUCGGGGCGAAUCAUCGCCACUUGUGAAAUUCUGCCCAUCUGCUGAUCAUUGUCACCGCGAGAUCCAUCUCAACCGGCGCAAGAGAUGGAGACCGAGCUACUCGAACCGUGUCGGAUCGACUUCAGCGAUGACGGCGAGGAUGAAGGACGCGAAUGUCUCCCGGUGUAUUUGAGAAUUAAGCCUCACGACGAUGAGGAGAUGUCGAUCAAAGUCCUCGACGGCACGACCGUGGAAACAAACCAUGCCUUCAGAGCGAACAAGAGAGCAACGUACACUCGAGUUUUUCCCGGGUCUGCGACGCAACAGCAAGUGUUCGACGGCUCCAGCGCUCAACUGAUCAGGAAGUUUCUCGACGGCGCCAACGUCAUGACAUUCGCCUACGGAGUGACUUCAUCCGGGAAGACUUACACUAUAAUGGGAAGCCCCAACAAUCCGGGCGUGCUGCCGCGAUCGCUCGAGAUAAUUUUCGGAUCGUUCAGAUCGAAAAUCGAGAAAUCUUCCCCGAUCUACAUGCCGUCGAAGUUCGACGAAGCGCAAGAGACCACGGCGGAAGAAAUCGAUCAGCUGGAGAGAUACAAAUCGACACUCAUCUCGAAGCUGAGAGGAUCGAACCGGGCUUUCGAUCAAUAUUCUUUCGCAAACACAACGCCAGACGCAUGCCUCACUUCGAUUCCGAGGAAAGAGUCUCCACUACUCGCAGCCAUGUCCUGUUGUGUGUGGAUUUCGAUCUAUGAGAUCCACAAUGAAGUCAUCACCGACCUUCUCCACGCCGAUCCGAAGACCAAACGGAGAGCUCUCAACAUCGGCCAAGACUCGAAGGCUCGUACCUUCGUGAGGGAUCUCCUGCAGCUUCCUGUCCGAUCCGCCUCUGAAGCCUACGCUCUGCUUCAAUUCGCGAGGCAAAAUCUCGCGACGGCGACCACGAAGCUCAACGAUAGCUCUUCGAGGUCUCAUAUGGUUUUUAACUUAAAAAUGGUCCACUGGGGGGGACCUAUGGCGGAGCCGUUUGUGAAUCAAUUCAUCAUCAGCGAUCUCGCAGGCAGCGAGCGCCAAUCGAAGACCGGCACUUCAGGGCCUACGUUGAGGCAGGCGGGCGCCAUCAACAACUCCCUCCUCGUUCUCGGUCGCUGUCUCGAGGCUCUGCGGAAAAAAGACAAAGGGAUCGCCGCUCCGUUCCGAGAUUCGAAACUGACCCGAAUGCUGAACCCGUUCUUCACGCAAGGGGGUUACGUCAGUCUGAUCAUCUGCAUAAACCCCGACGUCCACCUCCAGGAUGAGACCAUGGAUACGAUCAGAUUCUCCGCUAUCGCUUCCGAAAUCGUUCAGGAUCCGAUCAGACCCUUGGAGAGACUACGGCAGCUGCGUAGGCUCACUCUCGGUUGUAUUGAGAACAGUCCGAUGAAAAUUGUCUACGAUACAGACGUAGAGCACUGGCAAGAUGCCGUGAACGGCACCGCCGUGCACGACGGGGUCGCUUAUCUUGAAGUCAAGGCCAGCUACUUCAACGAUAUGGCGCGUGAUAUCCUCCGCGCGGAGAAAUUGUUGACAGCCAAUGAAGAGGAGAUCGAAUCCCUGAAGGAAAGACUGAGGGAGAGCGAGGUUUCGAAAGAAAACAUCAAGCUUAUGUAUCAGGACAAGAUGAAGGAGCAGAGGGAGAAAUUUUCUGCGCAGCGUGCGGAAUUGGAAGAAAUGCAUCGAGACAUGCAGAAGACUCUCGUGGAGGAGCUCGAAGAGGACAUCCAGACCUACAAAGACAAGUACUCGAAAUAUAGGGAUGGCUACGCGAAGUUGAGCGAUUAUCUGAAGGACAAGCUCUGGCCGGAGGUUUACCUCUUCCGGGAGAGAUUCGGAUACCUGCCGGAGUUUCCACCGAAAGAUGGAGAACAAGAUGAGGAGACGAAAGCGGAAAAUACCAUUAAAUAUUGGCAAGAUAAACUGCAGGACAAAGAAGCUGAGUUCCGAUCUCUCAGAACCAAGCUCGGCACUAGGAACGAAGAGCUCGCGAGCUUGAGAAAGCAGCUCGAGGACCAGAAACGACAGGUGCAGUCCGCGGAAGCUGAUUAUCAGGAGUCUCGACGAGAGGCGGCCGUGUUGUCAUCUCGCGUGACGGAGCUCAACGAGCAGCUUGCGGCGCUCAAGAACCAGCUCAGUGAUCACGAUACGCUCUUUGAUGAAGUGAGUGAUCUCAAGCAGCGCCUCCAACUCGCAGAGGAGAGACGGGAGUCUCUCGUUGCCCACCAUCAAGUUCGAAUCGACGCAAUGAUCGAGGAGCUCGACUCUCUGAAAUCCGAACUCCGAGAGAAGGAUUCCGAGCUCGGAGAAACUUCCGGAGCUUUAGCUUCCGCCCAAGCUCAAGUCGAUGUUCUGAAGAAAGCAGUCGCCAACAUCGAGAAACAACAGUCUCGAUGCGAAACAGAUGCGAAGUUCGCACCAGAGAAAGCGAAGCUCGAGCAGAAAAUUCUCGCCUUGGAAGCUGAGCUCGGAAAGGAGCGCAAGCAGGCGCUUGAAUUGCGGGAGAGUAUCCUCUCGCUCCGGGAGGAAAUCGAGAGAUACGCAGAGAAGGAAGCCGACCUCAAGAAGCGCGAAGCACAGAUCGCUUUCGGGAAACGUAAUGCGCGCCUGAAGAGAACCUCCGAGAACGACAUUGCUCGAUUGGAGGAUGAUAUGAAACGACUUCAGCUCGCUCUCGAUGAGGGAAAGGAGGCUUUGGCCGAGAAGAAUAUCCAAGUCUUGUCCAAGGACGCUGAGCUGGACGAGCUCCGGGACAAAGUAGCGACCAUCGAAAUCCUCGGACGUCAGAUGGAGAAACUGUCUGAAGAGAAUAAGGAAAUUCGCGAUAAGCUCAAAGUCUUUCAGUUCGAAAACAAGCGUUUGGAAACCGAAGUCAAGCAGACGAGAGAGCUCGAGGUUGAAGUCGAGUUCCUUACACGGAAACUAGAGAACCAACAGAGGAGAAUCCUGCGGGAUCAACCUCAAACCGAGAAACCGAAUAGACGUCGACGUUCGGUUUCUUCGUCCGAAGUCGAGCUGAAGGUUCCCGCCACGGAAAAACCAAGGCGGCGCCUGAGACUUGGGAACGAAGAGAACUCGGUCCUUGACAGAACCCUGGAUCGGGCUAUCCGAGACAUUUCGCCUGCACCAACGCCAUACAGAACGCGGUCGUCGAGGAAGCGUUGAGGCGGAGAGUUGUAUAUUUCCGAUCAUUUUGUGCGGUCCUCUUAAAUUUCCACCAUCUGGCAAAAUGUCUUGUCAGAUCGGCUUCAUAACCUGGGACUCUUAGUAUAAAUGUUAAUAAUAACCCAAUACAAU